AUGUGCACGUGGUGUGUAACUAAAAGUCGCUGUACAAAACAAGAAUGUGGAAAUGAUAAUGUUAUUUAUCCAAAAUCUGUAGUCGCUCUUAUGUCAGGACCAAAUUUUUGCCCGAGAGUUGUUGAAGGGCAGAAAGAAUUAGUUUUGAAAAGCGGUCAAAGACAAAAAAUUACUAUAAAAAUAACACAAAUAUACUUGUACAUGGCGUUCACUCCCUGGAAAUGUAAGAUAAAUGUCAACGGAAAGGAGCACAUAAUUAUUGCGAACCUUAUAGCAGAUAAUGUUUAUUGUGAAUCAUUUGAAUUUAGGAAUGAAUCUGAUGAACCUUAUGUGACUGGUACUGUUUCUGUUUUAUGGGACUACGAGUAUAAUAAGGCGUUCGAUGGAUAUUUACCGUUCCGAGUAUGUCGAUGUGAUUUAGAUGAUUCUUGUGUUGCCUGUACUAAAUGA